CUCUCCGCCGGGCGCCUCGCCCCCAUGGCGCUGAGCAAAGGGCUGCGGCUGCUCUGGAAGCAGGAGCCGGGGCCGAGCGCCCUGCUGGAGGCGCGCAGCCGCCGGGACUGCCUGUUGCUGGAGGCCGGCACCGUGGCGGCGCUCACUCCAGAAGAAAAGGAUGCAAUUAAAGGACAAUAUGAAAAACUCAUGGAUGCUUAUGGCUGUUUAGGAGAGCUUCAGCUUAAAUGUGGUAACACUCGGCUGCACUUUCUGGUCCUGGUGACAGGCUGUACGUCGGUGGGAAAAAUCCUGGACGCUGAAGUUUACAAAAUUACUGCAACAGAUUUCUGUCCUCUCCAGGAAGAAACAAAGGAAGAGGAGCGUGUUACUGCCUUGAAGAAAAUACUGAACUCUGGGAUGUUCUAUUUCUCCUGGCCUAAUGCAGGCUCAAACUUUGACCUGACUGUGCGAGCUCAGAAGCAGGGUGAUAACCACUAUGAAUCUGGUAACUCGUUCUUCUGGAACCAGCUACUGCAUGUCCCCUUCAAACACUACCAGGUGAACUGCUCUGACUGGUUGCUGAAAGUGAUCUGUGGUGUAGUGGACAUUCGCACUGUUUACGCUUCCCACAAGAAGGCAAAAGCCUGCCUUAUCUCCCGGAUCAGCUGUGAGCGAGCUGGUGCCCGGUUUCAUAUUCGAGGGGUUAAUGAUGAUGGACAUGUGUCUAACUUCGUUGAGACAGAGCAGACAAUUUACUUGGACGAUGACGUCUCUUCCUUUGUGCAGAUCAGAGGUUCUGUUCCACUGUUUUGGGAGCAACCAGGGCUUCAGGUGGGUUCUCAUCAUCUAAGGCUUAACAGAGGCCUGGAAGCUAAUGCUCCUGCCUUUGACAGAAACCUGAGCAAUGCUCAGUGGUAUGAAAAAGAAAGGCAUAUGAUGCUUCUGAAAGAGCAAUAUGGAAAACAAGUGAUUGUUAACCUAUUGGGAAGCAGAGGAGGAGAGGAGGUGCUUAACAGAGCUUUCAAGAAACUGCUAUGGGCCUCUUCCCAUGCAGCAGACACUCCCAUGAUAAACUUUGACUACCACCAAUUUGCAAAAGGUGGGAAAACUGAAAAACUGGAAAAUUUACUGAGGCCUCAACUGAAGUUACACUGGGAAGACUUCGGCAUCUUCGCAAAGGGCGAGAAUGUAAGUCCACGUCUGCAGACGGGUACUUUUCGAAUGAAUUGUUUGGACUGCCUGGAUCGUACUAAUAGUGUACAGUCCUUCGUUGCACUGGAGAUCCUGCUUACUCAAUUAGAGAGCCUUGGAUUGAACUCUAAAUCUAUAGUUGAGCGCUUCGUGGAAUCGUACAAAGCAAUGUGGACUCUCAACGGUCAUAAUCUGAGCAGAGUGUUUACUGGCAGCCGUGCCCUGGAGGGAAAGCACAAGGUUGGAAAACUCAAGGAUGGAGCCCGGUCUGUGUCUCGUACCAUUCAGUCAAAUUUUUUUGAUGCAGUAAAGCAGGAAGCCAUCAAGCUGCUACUCAUGGGUGACUUCUUCAGUGAGGAAUAUGCAGACAAAGGCAAAAUGCUUAUGGACCACACUGCACUGCUGGUAACUCCGAGUAUUUUGAAGGCCAUGUCAGAGCGUCAAUUUGAAUUCACAAGCUUCAAGCGUGUUCGUGUUGCCAUGGGGACCUGGAACGUGAACGGAGGGAAGCAGUUUCGAAGCAACAUCCUUGGUACCAGCGAGCUGACAGACUGGCUGCUGGAUUCUCCUAAGCUCUCUGGAGUUUCUGAAUUUCAGGAUGAUGAGAGCAGCCCUCCUGACAUAUUUGCAGUGGGAUUUGAAGAGAUGGUCGAAUUAAGUGCAGGGAAUAUUGUGAAUGCCAGUACAACGAAUAGGAAGAUGUGGGGAGAACAGCUUCAAAAGGCAAUUUCCAGGACUCAUCGAUACAUUCAGCUGACAUCAGCACAACUUGUUGGUGUUUGUCUUUUCAUCUUUGUACGGCCCUUUCAUGUCCCCUUCAUCAGGGAUGUGGCAAUAGACACUGUGAAGACAGGAAUGGGAGGAAAGGCUGGAAAUAAAGGGGCUGUGAGCAUUCGUUUUCAGUUCUACAGUACCAGUUUCUGCUUUAUAUGCAGUCACUUAACUGCUGGGCAGACUCAAGUGAAGGAGAGGAAUGAAGACUAUAAAGAAAUCACACAGAAACUCAGCUUCCCAAUGGGACGAAAUGUGUUCUCACACGACUAUGUCUUCUGGUGUGGUGAUUUUAACUAUCGCAUUGAUCUGACCUAUGAGGAAGUCUUUUAUUUUCUCAAACGUCAAGAUUGGAAAACCCUUCUGGAAUUUGAUCAACUACAACAGCAAAAAUCCAGUGGGAAGAUUUUUAAAGACUUCCAUGAAGGGACUAUUAAUUUUGGACCAACAUAUAAAUACGACGUUGGCUCAGAGGCUUACGAUACAAGUGAUAAGUGCAGAACCCCAGCCUGGACUGACCGAGUUCUUUGGUGGAGAAAGAAACUGCCUUUUGAAAAAACAGCUGGAGAGAUCAAUCUUCUAGACAGUGAUCUGAAUGCAGAAACUAAAGUCAGGCACACGUGGACCCCUGGAGCCUUGAUGUACUAUGGGAGAGCGGAGCUACAAGCAUCUGACCACAGGCCUGUGUUAGCUAUUGUAGAAGUGGAGGUUCAGGAAGUGAAUCAAGCUGCUCGUGAGAGUGUUUUCCAGGAAGUGUCAUCUUUCCAGGGACCGCUGGAUGCCACAGUAGUGGUAAAUCUGCUGUCACCAACGCCGGAAGAGAAAAAUGAUUUUCCUGAGGACUUGCGUACUGAGCUCAUGCAAAUGUUUGAGGAUUAUGGCACUAUUGUUCUGGUCAGGAUCAGUGGAGGUCAAAUGCUGGUGACGUUUGAGGACAGCCAGUCAGCGCUUCGUGUUAUGGAUAUAGAUGGUAUCAAGGUCAGAGGCAGAACAGUGAAGAUCCGACCCAAGACCAAGGACUGGCUAAAGGGGCUUCAGGAGGAAAUUGCUCGAAAACGGGACAGCAUUGUCCCCAUGUCCCCUACAGCAAACUCUUGUCUUCUGGAAGAAAAUUUUGACUUCUCAAGUUUGGACUAUGACUCAGAAGGUGAUAUAGUGGAGGAUGAAGAUGAUUAUUUAGAUGAUGCUAUGUGUCAACAGUUAGAAGCAGACUCAGCAGAAGAUUUGCCUGAUGGGUCUGGACACUUUGCAUCCGCAGCUUUUUCAAACAAAUCUGGACAAAACCCACGGCUGUACAAAGAUGAUACAGCCCUGGCUGACCUGAAGCAGGAGCUGGAGCAAAGUGGGGAGCGCCACCACCGCUCUCCAAGCAGGUCCCUGUCCGUUCCUAACCGGCCUCGGCCGCUUCAGCCACCGCAGAGGCCUCCUCCUCCUGCUGGAACAUCAGGCAAAAAGUCCUCCUCGGAUGGUUCCCUCUCCUCAGGAAACCACUCCACCUGCUCCAUCUUGGCAACGGCGAAGCUGCUACCUGGAGCCCCUCAGCAGCCGCCUAAAGUCCGGACUGGGAUAAGCAAACCUUACAAUGUCAAGCAGAUCAAAACCACCACAGCGGAGGAAGCAGAAGAAGCUAUUAGAUGUCUUAUGGAAGCAAAAGGAGGAUUACAGGAAGAUGCACUGAAGCCUGCUCCAGCUAGAAACCAAGUGUUGACCAAAGCUGAGCCUCUCCCCAGCAUCACAAAAUCACCAUCAUUUCCAGGGUCACAGACAGGACCAGCGCUUGUACCCCAUCGCCCGCCACCCAAAGUUCCAACCACAAAGAAGCCAGCACCGCUACAAAGGACCGGAGUCAAGAUGGAAAAUGCCAUGUCUGCAGCUGAGCAAUUUGACCAACAGGCAGCACAGAAUCCUUUUGGCUCGACAGAGCCCUGUCUAGAAGCCGCAGCUAUUCUUAGUCCGACCAAGAUUACUCCAGUCCCUAAGCCCAGAACAGCACAACCUGGGAAGCCCCAGGGGAGCGGUGAAAAGCAGCUCCCUUCACCAAGCACAGCUGAGGCCAGCGUGCUGCCUCCCCAGGGCACAUCCUUUGUCCCGAAGGUGCCACCACGAAGAAAGAAGUCGGCUCCUGCAGCUCUUCACCUGCAAGUUCUGCAGAGCAGUGACAACCCGCUUCUUAGAGAGUUAAUGUUCAACUCCAACAACAACAACCCUGGGUUCUGCCCCCAGCCUCAGGACUCUGCUGUCCUUCACGCUGCCCCCACGCAGUCUGCCCUCUUAGCCCCUAUGUUCUCUGCCAGCCCAGAAGACAGUCUGACGAAACAGUUGGCACCAAAUACACAACGGAUCACGAACCUUCGGGAUCCUGCUCCUCUGCCAGAAGGCCAGCAUCCACAGCUCUCACAUACCAGCUCCCUUGCAAAGAACACCAGUCUUUUGGAGCUGGAUUCUUCCUGCCAUCUUUCCCUACAGGCAGCAUCAACUACUUCUUCAGCACGUACUCCAGAAAACUUAAAACUCCCCGGCUCAAAAGAUUUCAGUCACUGGGUUACGUUCAGCGAUGAUGAAGACAGUGGUGCGCUGUCAGAAGGGUUCGACAAACUGCUUGUCUUAGAGCAAAACAAAAAUCCCUUGGUGAAUACAAAUAAUAAUUUAGAAUUGUAAAAUUUGUCCCCUUAAUGUUAAUCCCCAUAAUUAUGAUGCAAAAUAAAAAUCUUUUGCACAAAGCUCUAUAUUUAAGGAAAUACCAUCUGUCCGUGCUACAUUUCAUUGCCAUGUUUAAAGACAAAGAUACCGCCCCUGGAGGGAAGUGUACAGAGCAACCUAACGUUAUCUACAGUGUGAGAAGCUCUUUAUUCUAAGUUAUUUCUUUUUAUUAAUCCAUCUUAAGAUGUCGUAUUUUAGUUACAAGUCAUAUGUUAGAACAUGUAAUGAUAUGUGGAAAAAAAGAUAUUAAGAAAAACAUUUUGCUGUAAAAUAUAUAUUAACCUCUUUCUGUCACCUAAAAUAAAGCACCCUGACCUUGA